CCUUGUUCUCCUAAAAGCAACCAUGGAAACUGUCGAAGGUGCUGUUCUUUCUUCUUCCUUUGACGUGUUGUUUGACUCCUCCGAUGUGCAAAAGUUUGCACGAAAACACCAUUUCCAAACUGAGCUCGAGAACCUGAGGAAGUUGCUAGUGUGCAUUUGUGGAGUGCUGAGUGACGCGGAGCAGAAGCAGCUGACAGAACAUUCAGUCAAACUCUGGCUGGAUGAGGCCAAACACCAGAUUUAUGAUGUGGAAAACAUAUUGGAGGAGUUGGCUACCCGAUCUUUGCGACGCAAGUUGAAGGGGGGAUCUCAAUCCACCACAAGUAAGGUACGCAGCCUUAUCCCUACCUUUUGCACUAGUCUUGGGGCUGAUGAUGAGAUUAGGCGAAGGUUAAAGGAAAUCACUACCCGGUUGGAAGAUAUUUCAGCUCAAAAAGAUGAUCUUGGCUUGGAAAACGUUGCAGCAGAAACAAUUUCUAAAUGGCUACAGACCACAUCUUUGGUAGAUGAAACCAGGAUUUGUGGCAGGGAGGACGAUAAAAAUAACAUUGUUAAAUUUGUGCUUAGUAACCAGGAGAGUGAAAGCAAUGUCGAUGUGAUUUCAAUAGUUGGUAUGGGUGGGGUUGGGAAGACCACACUUGCUCAAUUGGUCUACAAUGAAGGGAUAGUGCAAGAGCAUUUUGACCUAAGGGCAUGGGUCCCUGUUUAUCCGUUUAAUGUGGAGAGUAUAACAGAGGCCAUUCUCGAGCAGGUCACUGCGACUUACGAAGAUUUACCAGACUUUGAACAAGUUCAAGUUAAAUUGCGUGAUGCAUUAGCUGGAAAAAUGUUUUUGCUAGUUUUGGACGAUGUGUGGAAUAUGAAUUACUACUAUUGGGAUUUAUUACGGUCUCCUUUCGCAGCAGGAGCAAAGGGAAGUAAAAUCAUUGUAACAACACGCAAUAGGGAGGUUGCAUUGAUGAUGAGAGCUGUUCUCGUCUAUGAGCUAGCAGUUUUACCUCAAGACGAGUGCUGGGCAAUAUUUUCUCAAUAUGCAUUUGAAAAUAAAAAUAUUGAUGAACGUCAAAUUUUGGAAGUCAUUGGCAAGAGAAUCGUAGAAAAAUGUCAAGGCUUGCCCUUGGCUGCAAAGGCGCUUGGUGCACAUCUAUGGUCUAGUCAUCAAGUUGAGGAAUGGGAAAAUGUACUGAAUAGCAACAUGUGGGAUCUGUUUUCAGGUUUGCUUCCAAGCUCAAUGUUGACUUCGACUUAUUAUCAUCUUCCUUUCCAUUUGAAAAGAUGUUUUGCUUACUGUGCAAUAUUCCCAAGAGGUUAUGCAUUUGAGGUAAAUGAGUUAGUCUUCUUAUGGAUGGCAGAAGGUCUAAUUCAACAACCAGAAGGAAAUUCGCAAAUGGAAGACUUAGGUGUUAGAUAUUUUCAUGAAUUGUUUUCAAUGUCCCUUCUCGAACGAUCCAGUCACAAUGAGUCAGAAUUUGUUAUGCACAACGUUAAUGUUGAUUUAGCUUGCCAUAUUGGUGGCUCCAUGUAUUGCAUCUUGGAGGAAGGGGGGAGUUACCUCGAAGUAAUUUCUGAAAGAACUCGUCAUUUCUCAUUCACUUCUCAUGUUGAAGACGUGUUAGAAAAAUUUGAAACCUUCAAAGAAGCAAAUUAUUUACGAACCUUCCUAGCAUUAUCAACUGCUGCACCAGAGGAUGAUGAAGCAGUUUGCAGCUUAACUACUAGGGUGCUUGACGAACUGUUGGCAAAAUUCAAAUGCUUACGGACCCUCUCUAUGAGGGGCUGUCAGAUAAGGGAGCUACCAAAUUCAAUUGCUAGCUUGAUGUAUCUGCGCUAUCUUAAUUUGUCCCUGACUGCAAUCGAACAGUUACCUGAUUUGAGUACACUUUUUAAUUUACAAACAUUGCUAUUACACGGCUGCAGGAGGCUGGCUGAGUUACCUCGAAGUGUUGGGAACUUAACUAAUCUUCGGCAUCUUGACAUCACGGACACAGAUCAAUUACAGGAAAUGCCUCAAGAAAUAGGCAACUUAAUAGCUUUGCGAAUUUUAUCCAAUUUUAUUGUGAGCAAGAGCAGCAGUUUAAGGAUAACAGCGCUGAGAAAUUUGUCACAACUUCGAGGGAAGCUUUCCAUUUCAGGGUUGCAUAAUGUGGGGCAUAUAUGGCCUUCAUGUGAUGCCAUUCUGAGGGAUACGGAAGGACUUGAAGAGUUACUGAUGGAGUGGGUGAGUGAUUUCAGUGGUUCAAGAAAUGAAAGGGAUGAAGUGCAUGUCCUAGACUUACUAGAACCUCACACGAAUCUGAAAAAGCUCAUGGUCUCAUUUUAUGGUGGAUCAAAAUUCCCAAGUUGGAUAGGAAGUUCUUCAUUCUCAAACAUGGUGGAUCUGAAUCUAAACCAUUGCAAAAACUGCACAUCGUUAUCAUCUCUCGGGCAAUUAUCAUCACUCAAGAGCUUGUGCAUCACCGGAAUGGGUGGUUUGAAGAGGGUUGGGGCUGAAUUUUAUGGGGAGAUUUGUCCUUCUGUCAGGCCCUUUUCAUCCUUGGAGACUCUAAUAUUUGAGGAUAUGCCAGAAUGGAAAAACUGGUCAUUUCCUUACAUGGUUGAGGAAUUUGGGGCAUUUCCUUGCCUUCGUCAGCUGACAUUAAUCAACUGCCCAAAAUUGAUCAAGCUACCUUGUCAUCCACCUUCCCUUGUAGAGCUUGGUGUAUGUGAAUGUGCAGAAUUGGCGAUUCCACUUCGAAGACUAGCAUCUGUUGACAAAUUAAGUUUAACAGGAUGUUGCCGGGCUCACUUGUCUACACGAGAUGGGGUUGAUCUCAGCUCCCUCAUCAACACAUUCAACAUUCAGGAAAUUCCAAGUCUCACUUGUCGAGAGGACAUGAAGCAGUUCUUGGAGAUCCUCCAACAUUUGGAGAUAUAUGACUGUGCUUGCUUGGAGAAGCUGCCAGAUGAAUUGCAGAGACUCGUAUCUCUCACAGAUAUGAGAAUUGAGCAGUGCCCAAAACUUGUGUCACUUCCAGGGAUUUUCCCACCGGAGCUACGAAGACUUAGUAUCAACUGUUGUGAGAGUUUGAAGUGGCUACCUGAUGGAAUAUUGACAUAUGGGAACAGCAGCAACUCUUGUCUCCUUGAACACUUGGAGAUACGGAACUGUCCAUCACUCGCCUGCUUCCCUACAGGAGAUGUUCGCAACUCACUUCAGCAACUGGAGAUUGAACAUUGUGUUAAUCUGGAGUCUCUGCCAAAGGGAAUGAUGCAGGAUGCUUUAAUCAACCCCAGCAACACUUGCCGUCUUCAAGUCUUGAAGCUCUACAGAUGUUCAUCUCUCAGGUCCUUUCCAGCAGGCAAGUUUCCGUCUACUCUUAAGCGGCUUGAGAUAUGGGAUUGCACGCAGUUAGAUGGAAUUUCAGAGAAGAUGCUGCAGAACAAUACUUCCCUUGAAUGUUUGGACUUUUGGAAUUAUCCAAACCUGAAAACUCUGCCUGGGUGUCUCACUCCCUACCUGAAAAACCUUCACAUUGGAAACUGCGUGAAUUUUGAGUUCCAAUCUCAUCUCAUGCAGAGCCUCUCAUCCAUUCAAAGUUUAUGUAUACGGAGGUGUCCAGGUCUGAAGUCCUUUCAGGAGGGCGAUUUGAGUCCCAGCCUCACAUCACUUCAGAUUGAAGAUUGCCAGAAUCUCAAGACACCCCUGUCUGAGUGGAACCUCCACAGACUCACCUCUCUUACCGGACUCAGAAUUGGUGGCCUAUAUCCGGAUGUGGUCUCAUUCUCAGCCAAACAGGGCUUCCCACUUCUUCCUACAACUCUCACACAUCUUUCCAUAGACAGAAUCCAGAAUCUGGAAUCCCUUGUCUCCCUUGGUCUUCAGAACCUCACCUCUCUUAAAGAGCUAAGAUUCACAGAGUGCCUUAAGCUCCAGUCAUUUCUGCAAAGUGAAGGGCUGCCCUCUACAGUUUCAAUGCUUUUCAUCAGGAACUGUCCACUUCUAAGCCGAAGGUACUCAAAGAAUGGAGAAGACUGGCGUGAUAUUGCCCACAUCCCCUGCAUUCGAAUGUAUGAUUAACUGUUCAGCAAAUACAAGCAGAUUUCCACUCUUCCUUCAUUUUUUGUAAUCAGGAGAGAAAAUGUACUUGAAAUGAAAAAUUCCCUCAGCAACGGGUUCAGCCUACUGUCGUUGUGGCAUGUUCUUACCCUGAAGAAGAUGCUUCUUGAGGCCCUUUCACAUACAUUCAAUGGCAUGCCAGCAUCAUGGCCCAUAACUUCAUAUUUAUAUAGUUCAGUCUGUGGCUUAUGAACUCUUGUGAAGCCUUACGCAUUCAGUUUUGAAGAUGAUGGUUUGAAGUUUGUGGCUUAGUUUAGUUCCAGAGGGAUUUGAAGAAGAUGAUUGCAGUAUCUGUUGUAAAUGGUGUCAUGCUUUGGAAAUUCAGCACUGUGCUUUUCAAAUUAAUGGCUCCUAAAGGUGAAAGGAGAAGUUUUGCCCAUGAUUGCCCACAUCCCCUGCAUUUAGAUGUAUGACCGACUUUUAUUAAGUGAACGAGAACGAGAACGAGAACACUCUUCCCUUAGUGUUUAUAAUCAGGAACAUAAGAAUGAAGCACAUGAAAUGAAGAUUUCUUAUGGUGGCACAUUCCUACCCUAUAGAAAGUUUUUUGUUUUGGGAAUUCAUCUUGAAUCCAUUUCCAGAAAAACUCCAUGGCACUAAGGUAACCUUUUUCUUUUCUUUUUUUGGCAAAGUGAGGAGAUUUAUGUGUUGGGAGAUGCAUGAUAGAGAUGUCCAUUCUCUAAAUUUGUAUGACAUUAAAAUGCUCUUUUGCAGAACCAUGGGCCUCUAUUAUUUCAUAAAUUUAUAUGGGGGCUUCAUUAAGGAAGGUGCAUUACCUUUCUUAUCCUUCAUUAAGAAGGCUUCUGACAGUAGUUGCACCUCAAUGUUUUUACCAUAUGAUUUUUCUUAGGCAUAUAUAUCUCUACUGGACAAUGUUAAGCUUCUUCCACAGACCAUCUGUUGGUGGUUUCUUCACUCAAUGUUAGAUACAUCAGUUCUAUUCUGAUGAAUGCUGGAAAUAUGAUAGAGUGAUGAAGGUCAAGAACCAUUUUGGGCCGACUUGGAGGCCAAGCACAAACUGGUUUAGAUGAUUUCUCUUUUAGUUUCAUCUGGUUAAGGUGGCAUGUGGAAAGAAGUAAAGGCCAUAACCUAAACUUGGGUUCUUUGAGAUACUGCUUGGAGACUUGAACCUAUGCUUCGAUGAUCUAAGAAAUUACUUGCAAAGCAAUGGCAUUAGAAAGAAGCAAGAUCAUGUUUCUAGGAGCACUUCAAUCAUGAAGAAACAUGAAAAAGCCUUUAACACAUAUGGAGACAAUCUGCCAUUCAAUCAAGUGUUCCAAAACAAUCCAGAGAGGUGAUUGCUGACAACGAAUAAGGAACCCGGAAAAAGUAUGUGUUUGAUGGAUUGGAAAUGAAGCUUAAAUGUAAGUACAAGGAAAUUUUCAGAACUUCAGAGGACAUCCCAGCUCAAGAUAACAAAAUAUUUUACCCAAGAUGCUGAGGGGUGAAAUGGACUGAUAAGGAGUGUUAAUGGGAGAGCUUAAUUUCAGAUAUGGGAGUUGGAUGCUAGGCUGUAUAAUAUUGGAGAUCAACUUCUUUUGUUCAUUAAAUUUGAUAAUAUGGCUAGUUAUUUAUGAUGAGCUUCUAUAGCAUGACAUGGUUUUUAACUCAUUGUUUGUUUUAAUUA